AUGGCUGGAAAUUCGCCCGUCCUCGACAUCCCAUCUCCGUUCGCGGCAGAGAUAGCAUCUGCAGAGAGGUCUGUGGAGCAGGCGAUUGGUGCAUACCUGCUAGGCACCUUCUUCAGCUUGCCACUCUACGGUGUUGGUCUCUACCAACUGUACCGGUACUGCCGGCUGUAUACGAAGGAUACAACGUACAUACGAGUCAUUGUCGCUACGGUCAUGGUUCUGGGAACCAUUCAGGCCGUCAUGGCGAUGCAUGGCAGCUAUCAUCAGACGGUCACGAGCUACAAUCAACCGCUUGCGCUGUUGUUGCCCCUCUGGUCCACUUCUUUCCUUCCCGUGGUGUCGAAUGUCAUCAUCACAGUCUCCCAGAUGUUCUUCGCUCGGAGAGUCUUCCUGCGCUCCUACCACAAGAUCAUUGUAGCUCUUGCCGUUAUCCUUCUUCUAGCACAAACUACAUUAGGCCUGGUGUUGACGGUGCUACUAUUCCGCCUCAAGGCCUUUUCGGUGAACGCCGCGCUACCCUAUGCAUGGGCGUACCCCUCGUUCUUCGGCUGCGCGACAUUCGCCGACUUCCUGCUAUCUGGAUCCAUUGUCCGUGCUAUGAGACGCAGCAGGGCUGCUCAUCCAAGGAAGGACAGUUACUUUGAUAUCUUCCUCCUCUACGCGGUGAACACCGGAUUGCUGACGGGACUAUUCAACGGAAUACCAUUCAUCUGGUCUCUGGCCCGCCCGGGAGACGUCGAAUGGAUCGCAUUCAACUCCAUCGUCUGCAAAUUGUACGCAAACACCCUCCUCGCCGUAUUGAACUCGCGGAAGCUCUUCGUGUGCCGGGGCAUGGAGAUCCUCGACGGGAAGUCGUUCGGAAGGGGCAUCAUCGCGCGUGUAGACCACCUCGCCGCGACGGAGCGCUGGAACGUCCCGCAGGUUCCUGACCCGAUGUCCGGCCCAAUCAAGGUUGGCGUCCAGAUGGAGACCGAGACGGACGGGCCCCGCACCGGUCUGGGCGAUGGCUCCAAGGCACUCGAAGCGAAGGCAAGCGUGUACGAGAAGAGUAGUGGCCACGCUGUUUCUGGCGUCCAGUCCACCUCGUCGCUCUGA